AACGAUUGUUGUUUGUUUUGAACUUACACGAACCAAAGCUCGCUCGCUUGGUCGCAACUUCCGGUCCCGCAAACCGUAAAUCCGCUUCAAGAUGGCCACCAUCAACGACCUGCCGAACGAGAUCCUUCUGCACAUCUUCACCUACCUCCGGUGGCGCCUGAAGCCGGUGUCCUGCGUGUGCCGCCGCUGGGACUGGUUGGUCGUUCCGCGUCUGCGACUGUUAGUACGUUCGUGUGAUGACGUGGACCAGGGCGGGCACAGUUUUUUGCGCCGAUCGAACCGACAGUAUGAAUGGUUAAUGUUUUCAUUCUCUGGAAAAACGGCCGAGGCACAGGCGGCUCAAGACCGGACGGCUUUGUGGGUGUUGAGACAAUUUCCUCACGUUAAGGAGGUUUACUGUAGCUUUGACGAUACCAAUUUGAUGCGAAUACUGAUGUUCCUGGAUGGAUUAGGCCCGAACGUCCAACGGUUGACUUUAUUUCUUUCUAUGUUUUCUCGAUUCAGUGGCGAAUUGGAACCAUUUGAGGCACCCAGUGAUACUGUUUCCACGCCAAACAUGCAAAAAGUUCUCUUUGUUAACAUGAAUGGUCCUCGGUCUAAGCUCAUCUACAAUUGGUUUCAACGGAAUGCACCCAAUGUUGAUGAAUUGGAAUUUCACAACUGCGACCAAGCUGAAUUCAUGAUAACUCACUACUCAGGACAAUUAAAGAGACUUAAAAUUGAGCACUUUUUCUCUCAAGCAAACUACAAUCACCUUAAAUGUCCAAAAUUGGUACAUUUUACCUUUGAAAUUGAGAUUGGUUCAGCUAGUGGAAAACCGAUUCAGCUUGAUGCAUUUCUCCAAAACGCUUCUCGAAUCCGUCACUUUGAACUGCGAACAAGUCCUCCAUGCCAAGCUGCGGUACGUGCAGCUAGCCAGCUGUCGAACCUUGAGGUGCUGACCCUGGGUUCUGGAAUUGAAACAAUCUCAUUUGAAGAACACGACAAAUUUGCAACUUUGAAGACCUUUACCUUGAACUGCACAAUGAACGAUGUUCCGCAGCUUCCAGUGGCCCGGAAGUUAACCAUCCUCAAACCCACGAGUGACCGGUUCUACGCUCGCCUGAUCUUCCGCGCCCCAAAUCUUACCCACCUCGUCGUAGAAAAGGAUAUCUUCAUCAACAGCGAAUCGAUCGUAUCGAUCUGCACCGGACUAAGGCAGCUAACCGACUUACGCCUCAAAAUCCACCCAAAGGCCCAACUUGCCCUGAAGGCGUUUAGAUCAAUUCAUUUGCUGAAAAAAUUGCAGCACUUUUACAUCAGCCUCGAGGACAUCACCCAGCAGAGGUGGCUCGGCUGUUGGUUCAAGAAGCUGUACGCCCCAUCGGUCAGCAUUGAGUGCGAGUACUGCUUCGCGACCCUGCCGUUGAAGGACUUCAAGCUGCUGCUGGCGAACCGGCGGACGCGCGUUCUCCGGCUGAUGCGAAUAAACGUCGCCGAAUGGCACCGCACCGGCAGUGUCCGGCGCGAGACGGCCCAGCUGCGACCGGACUUGCAGCUGCUGUAUCUGGACCCGGUGCAGCGGAUGUGGUAUUGAUGCGCUUUCAGUGAGUAAUUUAAUUGUUUAGCUUUUCAAGCACUUUGACAAAUUUCAAUCUUACAACG